ACCCAUUCUCUUCCAUCCAAUUAACCUUAAACAUUCAUUAUCUAAAGUUUGAGCAAAGAUAUAUAGUUGAGAGAAUGGGAGAAAAUAGGGGCUUAAUGCUUUUUAAGCUUGUUAUACUAUUAAGUUUAUCGACGGGUGCUCUUGGCUAUCGAACCGGUGGUUUCCGUGCUUUCUACUUUGUACAACAGUGGCUAGGAUCAUAUUGUAACCAAAGAGGGACAGUAUGUUGUGACCCACCAACCGGAAAGCCAAAACCAGAUUUUACGAUUUAUGGGCUUUGGCCUUACUACAAUGAUGGUAGCUUCCCUUACAAUUGCGGUGAUGACAAUUAUGAUGUUGGCCGGAUUAAGUACAUGGAAAAGAGACUACAACAAUCAUGGCCAACGUUCACAUGCCCACAAAUCGGAAGGAAAUUUUGGGUGCAUUUGUGGAACAAGCAUGGUACAUGCACCAAAGACAUUCUAGGUGAACUUGCCUACUUCGAGGGUGCCUUGUACCUUAAGAACAAGGUAAACAUUUUACAAGCCCUAGCAAGAGCCGGUAUCAGACCGGAUAACCGGUUUUACUCCCUCAAAUCCAUAAAGAAGGCCAUUUCUCGAUCCACCGGCGGGUUCCACCCAUGGAUUGUUUGUAACACAAAUGCUAAAGGUAACAAACAAAUUUGGCAAGUCACUUUUUGUUCUGAUAAGACUGGAAAGAAACUCAUCCAAUGCCCUUACCUUCCUGGUGGACGUGGUAACUGCGAUAAUAGAAUUCAGUUCCCUUCCUUUUAUUAAUCAGGGAAAAUUAAUUAAUGUGGUUCAUUAAUUACUUCAUGAAUACAUUAUGAAGUAUAUGUAUUAAGCUACCACUAUGACAAUAUCUCAAUUGUCAAUUAUAUUAAGUAAAGAUGUAUUUUCCCCUUUAAUUAAUAGUGUACUUGUAUAUGUUCAAUAAUAAUAUUUAUCAAAUCCAGCA